AACCCCCUGCUUGAGGCCUUUGGAAACGCCAAGACAGUCAGGAAUAACAACAGCAGUCGUUUUGGGAAAUUUGUGGAAAUCCACUUUAAUGAAAAGGUUAGCCAUCAUUUUCUGUGGCUAAUGCAAUUUCAGCCUAAUAAGGAAUUUCUGUUUUUUGGUCAAUUUUAUUGUUGCUUCAUUGGCCCACAUUUGUGUGUGUGUGUAACAGAAUAAAGUGGUAGGUGGCUUCGUGUCCCACUACCUGCUGGAGAAGUCAAGGAUCUGCAUGCAGAGUAAAGAGGAGAGGAACUACCACAUCUUCUACAGGCUGUGUGCCGGAGCCUCUGAGGACAUCAGACAGAGGCUGCACCUUGACUCCCCUGACAGCUUCAGGGUCAGUGGUACACACACACUAUACAUACACAAGCUGGCAUACUGUACAAUCUAG